GAUCCCGGCGGCCGCCAGCCUGUAGGACGCCUGCGCGGAGCAUCCUCCUGGGCGGAUGCUUCGCCAUCCAUAAAGCCAUGGAGGAAGGCGGUGCUAAUCAGAACGCUUCAGCAGCCAUCGCGGUUGUCGGUUCCACGAGUGAACAAGGAGCGGCUGCAAAGAUGGUGAAGACCGUAGGAAACAUGGAGGAAUUCAGUUUAGAAUUGGCGAAUGCUGCUUCAAAGCUUAUUGUUGUUGACUUCUCUGCCACCUGGUGUGGGCCAUGCAAAAUGAUUAAGCCUUUCUACCAUAGUCUUGCUGAAAAGUACCCAGAUGUAGUAUUUAUUGAAAUUGACGUGGAUGAUGCUCAGGAUGUGGCCUCACACUGUGAUGUGAAGUGCAUGCCGACAUUCCAGUUCUACAAGAAUAAUGAAAAGGUGCAUGAGUUUUCUGGUGCAAACAAAGAGAAGCUGGAAGAAACUAUUAAGAAUCUGAAGUAACCGUGGGGCUUUUCCUGUUAAUGAAGUGCUGACUGUUAUAAAUUAUAGCCUUUUCUACACAGCAAAGUGAUCAAGUUAGAAUAUGUGUCCGAAUUCUUUGUCUCCUACUGUAAAUGAAAACAAUAAAAAUGUAUAAACAGGUUUGUAACUUUAA